CAAAGUGAAGAAGUGCAAUCAAUCGAAGUAUUGCGUACUUAGUGUACUGUGGUCUGUGCAUAAUAUAAUAGAACAUAAAAAAUAUUUAUUUUAAACUUUACAUAUUCCUAAUAUAUUAACGAAGUUAGUGUUAGAUUGCUUCAUAACUAAUACAAUUAAACAGAUUUCGGGGUUUAUUUAAUUUUUAGCUGGUCGUUUAAAAAUAAAAAAUGUCGCCUCGUAAACAACCACCCACCCUAUUCAAAUUAGCUGUUAGAAGCUCUCUUAAAUUUAUAAACGAUCGUUGUUAUGACAUCGAGAAAGAAUAUUCGGAAAACGAAUUAAAGAAAUAUAAGAAGCGCAUACUCGCUUUGAAGACUUUCCUCCUGGCUACACUCCCAGCCAGAUUGUUCGAUGCACUCUGCUUGGAGAGAAAACACAUCCGUUACCGUGGAGACCCUCGGGUCCAACUUCAUGUUCUGAUACAUCCAAGGAUGACCGUUUUUCGCAGAGCGGAAGGUGAUACCAGCAUCACGCAGCACUUCUGGCUCAAAACCAUACCCUGGUUCACCCGUCUUGUCGUCCUUGAUCUUAAAUUCCUUUGCACAGACGAGAUCCUCGAAGUGGUCGCGACUAAAUGUCUUUUGUUAGAGGAGCUGAAUAUGGUCUCUAGGGUGGAUGUGUUCAAGUCCGUCGUAAACGCUUCGGUUCUUCUCAGGAACGUGUCGGAUGUAGGUCUCUGUUGUGUCAGCCAUCUCAAAAAGCUGAAGGUGCUCUCCAUGGAUCCGCCGCGUCACGAAAAGUGUAGUCGUGUAGGUCGUUGCGUCACCCAAGCUGGCAUCAUCAUGCUGAUAUGCGAGUUGCCCAAACUGGAGGAGCUCAAUAUAGAAUCCUGCGACAUAGGGUCUACGUUGAUUGGUACGGGCAUCAAGAUAGGACCAUUGAGUCUCAAGAAAGUGAACUGUCACUUCGCAUCAGCAGAAGGCAUAAGAAAAUUGAUAGAAAUGUGCCCCGAAUUGCAGGAGUUGUCCAUCACACACCUGACCACCAACGACAAAGAGCUGAUUCUGGCAGAGAUAACUGCCAGCAAUCUGCGUCUGAAUAAACUUAAUAUGUCUUUCUUCUCCUAUACGGAUUCUUUGCGCAAGUUGUUACAGGUACAAGGCCAGUAUUUGACACAUUUCUCGCUCUGGGACAUCGAUCAGUCCAUCGAUAUGGAUGCAGUUAUAAACAUCGGGCUCUGCUGCCCCAACUUGACCACCUUCAGUCUCAUUACACAGUCUGAUCAGCUCACCCUUCCCUCGUCCCUCAGCAGAUCUAAAAAAAUCUUCACCAAAAUCAGGAACCUAACCUUGGGGAACGAGAAUUUCGAUCUGCAGAAAGUCAUGAUGUUCUUCUUAAACCAUUCAAAUAAAAUCGAAACUCUCAUCCUCAAAUAUCAGGUGAAGCUAGCUUUCAAUGAUGUCAUCAUAAAUAUCUUAGACAACGGCUAUUUGGACAAUGUGAGCAACCUCUGGCUAGACUGCACUUUGGACGUGUCCAAAGAGGUUGUCAUGAAACUGAUACUGAACUGCGACGAGCUGACAACAUUGACUGCUGAUUUCGGUGAGGCUUUGGCUGACAUAGUUGAUUACAUUAACGAUAAUAAUCUUAAUCUUAGAUUGGGAGGCUACUAAGUGUACGCAUUAUGUAUUUAUUUAUUGAUGUAACCAUUUUAAUCCUAUGCUAUUAUCCAAUAUAUGAUCAACUUAACCUUA